CCAAUCCCAAUCCAAUCCGCGUUUGCAAUUGCUAGUCUGAUUCGGCCUUUAGGUAGCGCAGAGCUCCGCUUCAAUCGUACGGCGCGUUCCGCGGUAGAGAAAAAUGAUAGGGUCGAACAAUCAGAAACGCCGGGCUUGCCUUUAUUUGCGCGUGCAAAGACAACAAAGUGGCGUUCAAUACAGAUUGUUCUGUAUGCGCGCGAUACGAUUGAAUUAUGUAUAAAUGUAAGUGGUUAACGUUCGGUUCUCAUAGCGGGGCGAGCUCGCGAUCGCGAUUCAGCGCGGCGAUACGUCCGACGUCGCGUCGGUGCUGAGGCGCGAUUUGAGAAUCGCUGACACCGCGCAGACGGGAUCCACGUAUUCGGGACGCGACUGGGGUCGGGCGCAACCAUCGGUGCGCAGGGUCACGUGACGGUGGGUCGGGGUGGGCGCAGCCGGCGUCCGGUUGGCCGAUGCCGCGAUACGGAUCCCCCAUCCGGCGUCAUGCGAACAAAGAGACGAGGCUACCCCGUCCACGGCUGCGAGCGCUGCCAUUAGAAAGUCGUCGGCAGUCGAUGAACGCGGGAACUCCGCGAAUUGGAUAGAGAGAGCGAGAGGGAGAGAGGCAAAGAGAGCUGGCCCGUUCGGUUCGUACGCGAGAAAGUUUAUUCGGCCGCUCCGCCGGGACUCGAUGCACAAAGAGGGAGGAGAGUGAGGAAAGGCUCGGACAGGCACCCCCCGAUCGAUUUUCGAGAGAUCGACUCGACCGGCCGCAACUCGGAUCGUCCCGUAGACCCCGAAUCGGGCCCCGCCGAAUCGCCGUGAUCGAUCCGGUGAAACGAAGCGCGACGGUGGUGCAUCUCUCAUCCGCGAACGGCGAGAGGGACUCGUCGCGAGGACGAGUCGAUGACGCAAAUUCGGAGGCAGCGAGGCGAGCACUGAGAAUCGACGUGCGUGCGACGCUCGCCCGAGAGAUCGAUCGAUCCCCCGCGUACAUCAGUAACUGUGCGCCGGGUUGCAUCCUCAUCGACGAGGAUUUCCGUGGGACGCUCCGGCGGUUAGCUGAUCGCGCUGGAGGGUCGACGACGUACAACGAGCGCUAUAGAGUGCUACGCAGCGACGUGGCGACGACGCCAUUUUGUGGUGACUGGUACCGUGUGCUUCUUUCGGCAUCAGCGCCGUCGAGCCUACUCAUCGCCGCGCCGUGACCCGUGACACGCGCGUAUUUCUGAUCGCGUUCGUUAAUAAGUGCAAAACGACGUGGAGCACUUUCGGCCUUUCGGAGCCUUGGAUCGCGAGGGCAGCGACGGAGAGAUAGACAGUGCUCGUGUACCUGAGCAGAAUAAAGUGCGUCAUCGGUGUGACUCCCAUCUGCGCACCGUUAAACCCACCGCGGUAGAGAGAGAGAGAGAGAGAGGGGGAGGGAGAGAGACGUUCUGUUCGAUUUUUCAUCAUCAUCGACACCGUCGCCCUGGGUCUGACCCAUCUUCGCCAUCACUACUGACCAUGAGAUUAGAAAUCCUGUCGGCGGCGGAUUUUUUGGUGCACCUGCUGCGCCUGCAGGCGGGUCAGCUGUCGGAUCGGCAAUUGGAGAUGUUCAAGUCAUCGCUUACGGAGGUGCUGCGCCACCGUUACCGGGACCACUGGUUCCCGGACCGGCCGAAUCGCGGGUCCGGCUACCGUUGCAUACGCAUCAACGGCAAAAUGGACCCGGUGAUCGCGCAGGCCGGCGCGAACGUCGGCCUGCUGCCGACGGUGCUGCACAGCCUGUUCCCCAGCGAGCUCACCAUGUGGAUCGACCCGUCGGAGGUGUCGUACAGGAUCGGCGAGAACGGCUCCAUCUGCGUGCUGUACGAGCGCACCGAGGCCGAGAGCGCGGAGGAGAUCUCGCAGCAGCAGCACCAGCACCAGCAUCAGCAUCCGCACCAUCACUCGCAGCAGCAUCAGCAGGCGCCGACUAUGCCGCCGCCGCCGCCGCCGCCGUUGCAGCAGCAGCAGCAACAGCAGCAAUUCGAGAGCUGCAAGGACUCUCUCCUGCUGGAGCACACGCAAUUCAGCGAGCAGAUCGCCGCGUACGUCUCCAGCUGAAUCGCCGGACUCGCCGCCGCGCUCACGUCCACGCUCUCGAAAUGAUCUACUAAGCGCACGUGCAUCUCGUGAUAUGUGAUAUCCCGUGUGUUGCGUUGGACCGAGCAGGUCCGCGCGCUCAACCUUUCGUGGACUCCGAACGUGCGUGCGUCCUUCUCCUUGCGUUAAUCUUCUAUUAUUUUGCCCUUUUCUCUCUCUCUCUCUCUCUCUCUCUCCCCCUCCGUUUUUUCCUCCCCUUCGUCGAUACACCAAGAGUCUCGAGCGAAGAGUCGGUCCUCCUCCAUCGCCGUCUUCUUCCUCCUUUCCCCCUCUCUCUCUCUCUUGUCUUCUACGGGAAAACGAAAAUAAAAACAAACGGAGCACCAUUAAUCGUCCGUUGAUCGUCUCGUCCCUCCGAGCGAGUUCCUGCUACACGGGGAGAGUCCAUCCUUCGGGAGACGCGAGCUCGUCCACGCGCGCGUCGGUCGACUCGAACUCGACUCUAGUCUAGUCUCGCGCUUCCCGAGCCUCCUCUCGCGCACAGAAGAAUCCCGCGAGUGCGUAAGAAACGGCACCUGCGUGACGAGCAACGUGUUCCCCGAGCGACUAGUCUGUGAUUUAAACGCGUCCGAUCGAGGAAGAACAAGAACGGAACGAGGGGCGAAGAGGAAAAUCAGCUGUCCGUCGCGACGGAAGAGCGAAACGAGGGAUGGAAAACUGAUCGAAGCGCAGACCGGUCGGCUCCCGUUGAUCCGACGCCGCUCUUCUCUCUCUCUCCUCAACUGUCAUCGUUAACAGUCGCUCGUGCAAGGUCUCCUUCGCCGGAGAAGGAUCUCGCGGCCGCGCCACAGCGAGAAACGGCGGAACGAACCCGGAGCUCUCUCUCAGCAGCCGACUAAUUGAUCUCAGCACACCUCCUCCACCCGCGUAAACCUCCGAGUGUCUCUCGUGACGACAGCAGCCACGCGAGGGAGGAACAACGAAGACCAGCCAGCCUCAUCGCGCCCUUCCUCGAGGGAGUAAAGGAACCGCUCGUACAUUUACACACGAGAAAUACAUACCCGAAAACACACCAUUUCUCUGUCUCUCGCAUCCUCUCGAAUGACCAGCGUCUUUCUUCCACGCACCUUUCCGUUACCGUCGGAUCUUGAAUUGAGGUUCGUACACACCGACGAAUAUUUACGAUUACGCGCAGCCGAGGAAACGGGACCGAUCGCCCAGCGAAUACCGCGGGACCGCGCAGAGAGAAGCGGAUCGCCGUUUGUUUAUCUCUCCGAAAUUCUAUCUAAUACAAGCCCGCUGGUCGUCCAGUCACCCGGGGGUGCCGAGGAGAAAGCAGGCGUGGAUCACGCCGGAAGGCAUGUGCGAUUAGAUUCCAACAAUUCUCGCGAUGUAUAUAAACCUUUCCAUUUCUCCAUGUUUUCGCGUCGGUUUGUACGUUCGUCGAGUUCAGAACCCGCGAAGGAAUGGGACGAGAAGUCGGUCGUCCCCCAUUCUCAUUGUCGACAAUUUUUUUCGAACCUCGCACUGUCAAUGCAGAUUACCACCGAGCCACACACGCGCGCGCAUACACACACACACACACACAAGAUCCCCAUGAAUACAUUCACACGAAACUAAAGACACGCACUGACGAAUUUUGCACAAAUGAUAGCGAUGGAUUUCGCCGUGGAUCGCGCGGCUAUCGUGAGGUGACAAAAUCGCCGGCCGUCGAUUCAUCGAAUUUGGUCUUCGUUUCCCCGCGAAUAUCUGUAACGAUAAGAGUACGUUGAAUUCGCAGACGGCGCCGUCACGUCGCUUCCGAUUAUUCUGGGAGAAUCGAGCGUAGGCAGAUUCCCGCCGAGAGCGGCGGCGCGAUAACAAGGCUCCAAAUUCGAUGUGAGCAAUUGCGAAUUUUACUCCUCGAGAACGGCUCUCGGUAAGGACGAGUCCUCGGCGUUUUGCGCUACCCCGAUGACGAUUCUCGACGGUACAAUUCGCAAGUACAAUUCGGUAGUUUGAAUGUGCAUACGCAACACACGGAACACCUCUGGACACACACACGUACAAAUUUUUUCGCGAAAGCGCGUGAGUUAUAUGUAAAUGUAUAUACAUACAUAUAUAUUGUACAUAUACAUAGUAUGUGUAUAUAUAUGCAUAUAUAAAUAUAUAUAAAAGCGUUAUGUAUGUAGAGCAUUGUGUACAUGCGCGGGGGCGAAGGAGGGAGAUCGGUGGAGCCAGGUCGCCUCCGGGCGUGUACAUAACCGACGAAUUGUAUAUUAUAUCCUUCGCGUGAGAGAGAGAGAGAGGGGGAGAUGGAAGAAAGCGGAGAAAACACGACGGACGUAUAAAAUUGCUGUGAUUUUAUCCACGGGAAGGCACCCGGGCGUGUUUUUAUUAUGGAGAGUCGGUCUCGGAUAGUGAGUCGCUCGAUGCGCGAUUGCGAGUGUUUCUCCGCCGAUGUUUCGGGAGUGACCGCGCGAGAGAGGGAAUGAUCGAAUGCGUGUGCAUGUAUGGCGCUGUCCCGCUCCGGCAAUAAUAAUCUAGCACGCUCGAUUAAUCACGCGUCUGCUUCGUGCCCUCGCGGCAUCGAGAUCUGUUCGAUUACCGUUACUUGACGAACCGUACGGAUUCGCGUUGAUAAUGUGAACAAUAUUCGCGCGGUUGACGGAAUUAUUUAUCGGUGCUUUUUUCACCCGCGAAAUUCAAACCCGAUAUUCCAUUGCGCGUGAACGUUUCUGUUCAGUUUUCUUUUUAUUUUUCGGUUACGCGGGAAUGGAGGUGAGAGUUUAUGAGUGCAAGAGUAAAGGAGUGUGUGUGUUGUGUGUGUGCGCGCGUUUGUGUGUACGGCGUUUGAAUGACGAACGAAAGAUCGAACGGCUGAGAGAGGGACGGGGAGGAGGGAAAGUGAGAAACUAUCGUGUUCGGCGUCGAAACGAGAAAAGGCUCUGUUGUACGUAGCAAUUAUAGAAACCAUGUCUGUGAUUAUACUAAGAAUAGAGCGACAAUAUAAGCAAUUUCCGUAUAUAACGACCUAAACGCGAGCGGCGUGUGCGCUUACUAUACAUACCGGUAUGUAAAUGGUACAUAUACUGUGUUAUACAUACACGUGCAAGAAUUUUAUCCGCGCUUCGUACGUUUUAAUCGGGUCGCCGCCUUCGGAGUUAACAGACCCGCGUCUUUGCGUUCCGAGCGGUUUGUCCUCCUCUCGUGCGUCCGUAGAAAUCGCGCGGAAUCGAAAUUGAGUAGCGUUUCAUCGGAAGGGAUCCACAUAUUCUCGCGAGCACAUUGUCAUCGAGAGCGAACGGUGCGAAUUCGUUUAAAGCGUCGGGACUUAAGGCGACUCGUUUAAAAUUGCUGAGCGCGCUUGCGAACGGCGGAAGGACAAAAUCAACCUUACCUCGCUCAUAAUAAACCUGUCGGUCCUCUUCGGCUUUGACGUCAUGUAUCGAAGUAAUCGCAUCGCGACACGUACGUGCCGACGCUGCGUGUGUUGAUUAACACCAACGCGAUAAAGCGAUCGAUCCGGAAAAAGGCUUUCGUUGUUGCGAAUCGCUAUACAUGACGUCAGAACGGAGGGGGGGGAUUGUGCGAUACGUGUCGGCGAGCACAAAAAGUGGAAUAGAUAUUAUCGUUUCCUUCAGUUCUUUUUACAUAUUGGGGAAACACAUGCUCCGAUCGUCCAUAUCAGUGGCUGUAGAACACCAGCGAUCUCGAAUAUAUAAUCUGUCGAAAGUAGUGCGGGAUGAAGUCGGAGAGAAAGUGUGAGAGCCGGGCGGUGAGAUCUCCGCUGCGUCCUUCGAUGAUUAUUUUCUUGUUGACGGCUGACAAGACACGUUCCUUUCCCUUUGUUUUUGGUUUCCACCGGUAAAGAUCAAGAAGGGCGCGCUCGUCUGCGAGAAUUAUCCUAUAUAUUUCUACAUUAUUCAUUUGUUCCCACAAGCAUGUAUAAAAACCUAUAAAUAUUGAAUGCCAAGGGAGAGCAACAGAGAGCGAGAGAGAGAGAGAGAGAGAAUAAGAGGAUAUGUUAGAGCGAGAAAUGAUAGAGGGAGAGAGAGAGAAAGGGAGUGGGGCGGAAGAGGAAAAAAUGCGAGCGUAUACAUAUUUACUUCGCGAAUCAAUUGUAAUUAAACACGUACACACACGUAUACACACACAUAUACAUAUAUACAUAUAUAUAUAUAUAGAGAGAGAGAGAAAAGAGAGAGAAAAAGAGAGACCUUCAGGAGGAAUUUGUACAAAUCCGCUGGGAUAAAUCACCAGCAAGUCUGUGAUUUUAGCUUGGUUACUAAUUCAGUAUUUUUUUAAAUAAAACGAGACAAAAUCAAGAUAAAUCAUAAAAAAAGAAACACGAUUCGGCCCGCGAGAGAGGGGGGUAAGGGGAGUUCGCAAGGGAAGGGAGGAGAAAGUUUAUGAAAGAGAGAGCGUGUGUGGUCAGACUGAAUGAGAGUGUGUCUGUGUGUGUGUUUGUGGUUGAAAUAAAGGAGCGAGGGAGCCAGGGUAGUGGAAUCUUAGAAUUAGAAGUUUACAAUAAAAUUAUUUGUCUUAAAAAUAAAUUUCUUCAGGCAAUUUCGCAAUUCUUUGACUUGUUUUACAAAAAAAAACAUAAUGAAUAGAUCUUACUUACUUUACGAUCGUUUUGCCUUUGUUCGAGGAAACGUGCAAUUCAGAUUAUAAUAACUCAAAUCGCAAUGAUGUCAUAUCAAUGUGACGACGUGCUCGAACGAAUGAGAAAGGAGCGUGGCGUACCACACGUUAAAAACUCCUUUAUCGUCGCGAUAAAGAGAACAAGAAUCGCUUCUCUAACUGUUUAGAGUGUCAUUAACGCCACGUGGCACUAAUCGCAAUUAGCUGCUUUCCCUUUUAAUCUUUGUCAUUUCGCGCCCAGCGAUGCAACAGAGAAGAAGACAAUAAAGAAUGUUAAAUCUGAGCCGAUUAUCGUUGGUCAAACUGGCAUCUUUUCAUUGUUAUUAUAAAAUUACGCUUUGAAUCUAAUUUACUGAAUUAAAUCGCAGUGAAUCACGAUUGAUAAUCUCUGGGUAAUUUAAAGUCCGUCUCGAAGAAUAAACGUAUCGAGUGUCACGCUUCUCAAAAACUCGUCGUUGACCGUCGUUGGCAUCAGUGACCUUUGUACUUCGACUUUCUGAAUUUUUCUUCCCUGGCUGUGCGUGAGAAAGAAUCCUGAAUCGCGAAAGGAAGCGUAACUCUAGGGCCGGCUCUUCGUCGAGUGCUUUCCCUUUCUUUAGAGGAGUUAUUUUUUUGUUUAUGCGGACAUUAGAAAUGAGAAAGAGAAAGAAGGGGCGAAUAAAAGGAAACCGAUAGAUUCUUGGUGCGGUAAAAUUACAACGGGGGCUGGUAGUGAAAAGGGGAGGAAAAACAUAUGAAGAGAGAGGUAGAGAAAGAAUGGAUGGGUGAACGAACGAGCGAGUGAAUGAAAGAGAAAAUGAGGGGGAGAGAGAGAGAGCGUGAGGGGCUAGCAGGGGUGUUCAAUUCGAUCGAGAUGGGUCACGGGUCCCACGAUUGUGAUGACAGUUUACUUAUGUGAAUACUGAUUAGCGAACUCGUAGUGGUGUGUUUCGUUUAGCGUAUUCGUUUAGCAACGUAGGGAGUGAGUGAGAUAACAGCUACCUGUGGCCCCGCGAGAUCCGAAUUCGGCGACCCUGUCCAGCCUUGUGCAUCGUUCGGAGAAGAACGAAGGAGGAGAGCGCGAAUAAAAAGAUCCAUUCGUUUCUGUGCGUUGACUGCGAGCGAGACGCAAACUCGAUGAAUUCUGUAUAAAAUUCGCUUUACAAGUCUACAUGCAUGUCCAUGAGUAUAUACACACACAAAUACACACCAACAUAUACGUAUACACGAAUCGCGAAUACUCGAGACACGAUACAUUACACACAUACUCGAAUCUGUAGACUCGUAGAUUUACUAUUAAUUAUAAUGAAUUAUAAUUAUUAUAUCUAUUAUAUCAAUGUAUAAUUAUAUUUAGUUUUUAGGUUUAUGAUUAUAUUGGCUAAUUAUUUCCCGCUUGUACAUACGCCGUGAAGCUCCAGAGAAAAAAUUAAAUCUUUAACAAAGAAAAUCUAUAAUUUUUUCGACUGUUUUUGUACAGAGAUAAUAAAAACAAAAGGCCUCGUGCUUAUGAAAUUUCAUGAAUAUAAAAAAAAA